CCUAUUCGGUCAAACCAUACUUCCACCUAAACAGAGCACACGCACCGAGCUGAGGACGGUCCCUCAUCCUCCUCCUCCUCCUCACAGCUGAAGAUGGCGGACCCGGCCGAGUGCACCAUCAAAGUCAUGUGCCGUUUUCGGCCUUUAAACGGUUCGGAGGUGAUGAGGGGAGACAAAUACAUCCCCAAAUUCCAAGGAGAAGAUAAUGUGGUCAUCGGGGGAAAGCCAUAUAUGUUUGAUCGGGUGUUUCAGUCUAACACUACUCAGGAGCAGGUUUACAACGCUUGUGCUCAGAAGAUCGUUAAAGAUGUGCUUGAGGGUUAUAACGGUACAAUAUUUGCUUAUGGGCAAACCUCUUCUGGAAAAACACACACCAUGGAGGGGAACCUGCAUGAUCCAGAUGGCAUGGGCAUUAUUCCACGGAUCGUCCAGGAUAUAUUCAACUACAUUUACUCUAUGGAUGAAAACCUGGAAUUCCAUAUCAAGGUCUCCUAUUUUGAGAUUUACCUGGACAAGAUCAGGGAUUUGCUGGAUGUAUCUAAGACCAAUCUGUCAGUACAUGAAGAUAAGAACAGAGUUCCGUAUGUAAAGGGUUGUACUGAACGGUUUGUGUGUAGCCCAGAGGAAGUGAUGGACACCAUUGAUGAAGGCAAAUCCAACAGACAUGUGGCUGUCACAAACAUGAACGAGCACAGCUCCAGGAGUCACAGUAUCUUCCUGAUAAACGUCAAGCAAGAGAACACGCAGACGGAGCAGAAACUGAGCGGGAAACUUUACCUUGUGGAUUUAGCAGGAAGUGAGAAGGUCAGUAAAACUGGAGCAGAGGGAGCUGUGUUGGAUGAAGCCAAAAACAUUAACAAAUCUCUUUCCGCUCUGGGAAACGUCAUCUCUGCUCUGGCAGAAGGAACGACGUACAUUCCCUACAGAGACAGUAAGAUGACGAGGAUCUUGCAGGAUUCGCUGGGGGGAAACUGCAGGACCACUAUAGUGAUCUGCUGCUCUCCAUCCUCCUUCAACGAGGCCGAGACCAAAACUACGCUCAUGUUCGGACAGAGAGCAAAGACCAUCAAGAACACCGUGUGUGUGAACGUGGAGCUGACUGCUGAGCAGUGGAAGAAGAAAUAUGAGAAGGAGAAAGAGAAGAACAAGACCCUAAAGAACACCAUCACCUGGCUGGAGAACGAGCUCAACCGCUGGAGGAACGGUGAGAGUGUUCCCACUGAGGAGCAGUACGAUAAGGAGAAGGCAAACGCUGAUGUUCUGGCCCUGGAUAAUGUGAUGAAUAAUGAUAAAUUCACCUCGUCUCCCAGCAUGCCCGGCCUUAAAUUCACUGACGCGGAGCGUGAUAAGUGUGAGGCUGAAUUGGCCAAACUUUUCAAACAGCUUGAUGAUAAGGAUGAUGAGAUAAAUCAGCAGUCUCAGCUGGCUGAGAAACUCAAGCAGCAGAUGUUGGAUCAGGAAGAGCUGCUGGUCUCAACGCGAAGGGACCAUGACAACCUGCAGGCGGAGCUCACCCGUCUUCAGAUGGAGAACGAGGCGUCUAAAGAGGAGGUGAAGGAGGUGCUGCAGGCCCUGGAGGAGCUCGCAGUCAACUAUGAUCAGAAGAGUCAGGAGGUGGAGGACAAGACCAAGGAGUUUGAAGCCCUGAAUGAAGAGCUCAACCAGAAAUCUAGCGUUCUUGCAUCCAUCGACUCUGAGCUGCAGAAACUGAAGGAAAUGACCAACCAUCAGAAGAAGAGAGUCACGGAGAUGAUGUCAUCGCUGCUUAAAGACCUGGCAGAGAUUGGCAUCGCCGUAGGCAGCAAUGACAUUAAGCAUGAGGGUGGAGGUCUCAUUGAUGAAGAGUUCACCGUGGCUCGUCUGUACAUCAGUAAGAUGAAGUCGGAGGUGAAGACUCUGGUGAAGCGCAGCAAACAGCUGGAAAGCGUUCAGGCUGAGAGCAACAAGAAGAUGGAUGAGAACGAGAAAGAGCUCGCUGCCUGCCAGCUCCGUAUCUCUCAGUAUGAAGCAAAGAUCAAGUCCCUGACGGAGUACCUGCAAAACAUUGAACACAAGAAGAGACAGCUAGAGGAGAACGUAGACUCUCUCAAUGAGGAACUGGUCAAACUCAGCACACAGGAGAAAGUUAAUACAAUGGAGAAGGAGAAUGAGAUACAAAGUGCUAAUGUCAAGGAUGCCGUUGAGCAGCAGAUUCAGAACCACAGAGAAGCUCAUCAGAAACAGCUGAGCAACCUGAGAGACGAGCUGGAGACCAAAGAGAAACUCAUCACUGAACUGCAGGAUCAGAACCAGAAGAUCAUGUUGGAGCAAGAGCGCUUGAAGGUGGAGCAUGAGAAACUCAAAACCACUGACCAGGAGAAGAGCCGCAAACUGCACGAGCUCACGGUGAUGCAGGACAGAAGGGAACAGGCCAGACAGGAUCUCAAAGGCCUGGAGGAGACAGUGGCCAAAGAGCUACAGACUCUUCAUAACCUGAGGAAACUCUUUGUUCAGGAUCUGGCCACACGGGUGAAGAAGAGUGCAGAGAUUGACUCCGAUGACACUGGUGGCAGUGCGGCACAAAAACAGAAGAUCUCGUUCCUUGAGAACAACCUUGAGCAGCUCACUAAAGUGCACAAGCAGCUGGUGCGUGAUAACGCUGACCUGCGCUGUGAGCUGCCCAAGCUGGAGAAGCGCCUGCGGGCGACAGCGGAGCGCGUGAAGGCUCUGGAGUCUGCGCUCAAAGAGGCCAAAGAGAACGCAGCCCGUGACCGCAAACGCUACCAACAGGAGGUGGACCGCAUUAAAGAGGCCGUCAGAGCCAAGAACAUGGCCCGCAGAGGACACUCCGCACAGAUCGCCAAGCCAAUCAGACCCGGUCAGCCCCCUGUCGCCUCACCCACCCACCCCAAUGUCAACCGCUCAGGGGCGGGGCUCUUCCAGAACAACCAAUCAGUGGGCAUCCGUGGUGGAGGCGUAGUCAAACAGUAAAAUAACUGUUGAAUGCUGAAUUUAACCCCAGUAGCCCCAGCUGAAGCUGAUAUCAUCCCAAAAAGCUGAACAGGCAUUCCACAGCACGGGAGGGUUCAAUACUAUACAUAUGAAAAUGAAUAUAAGUAUAUAUGUGUAUGAAACAUGAAAUAAUAUCACCGUCUCUGGGCUGUACAGAUGUUCCUCCAUUCUGAUCUCUUAUAUCUUCCCUUUAAAAAUGUAAAGGAAAAAAAAAAUCAGGCUUUUUGCACCAGUGGAAACGUGUGUAACUAGCGUGUGUCUCUUCACUCUUGCACAGUAGGUUUCUGCUCACAUCCCGCUCUCCACGUCCCUCACUGUGCCAAGUUGAAUGUAUUACAAAAUUGCAAAAGAAUAAAAAAGGCAGAAAUUAAUGAAAAAUGGGAAAAGAACAAACAAACAAAGAAAACAAAAAACCUACUAUUUGAGCCUUAUUUAUGUGCGUUCUCAUUUUGGGUUUGUUUAGAGAGUUUGCUUGUUCUCUCUUGCUUUGAGAAACUUCUAUUGAACAUUUCACCUAAAUACGUGAGAUAAACACUACAGUUGAACUGUAUAUAUGAACCAUUGAACUAGUUUUUGUAGUGAUGUUCAGAAGAAAGAUUUAAAUUAUGAUGAAAGGGUCGUCUGAAAGUAGACUAACGAGAUGCAGCCUUUUAGUUCUCAUUUCAUGGAACUGCUUGAUGUAGAAGCACCUGAGCUGCAGGUAUAUUUAAAGCACUGUACAAACACAAAACAAGUAAUCAUUGUUACGAAGUAAAGAGCUGUGUAUGUCACAGCCUGAGCUUUUAGAUGAGUUGUAGCUAGGUUAAUAAUAAUACUAAUGUCAUGUGCUCAUUUCAAUAUUUAACUUCAGUUCUCACGGCUUAAACAGGUAGAGUUUGUUGUAUCGAUGCUGCUCCGUAGCUCAAUAAUCAUGUGUGUGGAAUUUUUCUCUUAGUUUUUCCAAAAAUAUUCCCAGGCAAGGUUGCGGUUACAUUGUUUUUAGUAGGCAGGGAACCUAGUUUUUAAUUUUAGAGAUUGUUGACCCAACAAUGAACACUUAGAUUAUUAUGUAUUCAUCCACAUGCCGUUCCAAACCUGCUAGACUUUUCUUUCAUCCUACAUGAAAGGAUAUCCCAACGUUUGCAUUUUUCCUGUUUUAUUUUAAUUUUUUUAAUUAGAAGGCAUAGACAUAGACAAUUUCAUGCUCCAGAAUAUCACAAAAUACCAUUCAGAGAUUUUAAUUUCACGUCUUCUUAAGUCAAUAUUCACUUCAGAUCUUGCCCUUCGUGCUUUGUCAUUUGAUUGAGAUGUAAUAACAUUCGGCAUCAUUGACAUCACACCUGCCACAACAUGACAACAUGCAUUAUUUGAGGAAAUUAGAUUUUCAUAGGUUUGUCUUAUUUAGUUUUUGGAAAUCCUUUUCACUACUUGUUAUUAUUUUACAGAAAAGCUACAUUUAUUAGGGUUUGGGACUGCAUGAGAGUUGAGUAAAUGGUGACAAAGGUUUCAUAUUUGGGUAAUGGGAAAUGAUCACAUCCCGUCCUUGUCCCCUUUAGAGACAAAGGUUAGUUUUACACCUUGUAUAGUGUCAUUUUGUGGUUUUGUUGGAGCGCGGUUUGUGCAAUGGUCAGACAGCCAUUGAAUUCACAAUGUACCUACACUCCUGAGUUUUUACCUUUUGAUUUGACUUGUGUUUUGGUACAGUUUAGUCCAUUAUAGGGUUCAUAUUUUGAAGUUUUGCGAUUUGAAUCUUCAGUGGUUGGAGCAUUGCAAACAACCCAGGGAAACCCAUACAUCAUUUAGUUCUGGCGAUUGUGGUUUUGGUUGCCUUGUGUUUUUGCGUUUGGCUUAUAUAGACCUGCUGAUUGGCUCUCUACAGUUCAAAUGCUUUUCAUUCAGCACGACGUUACUGCCUUUCAUUCACUAAUGUUAAUGGGUGGGGCUUAUUUAAUGGUGGGUGGGGUUUAUUUAAUCAUUUUAGGUCAUGUUUUCAUUUUGUUGCACUUGCAACUAGGUAAUGUUUUAUUUAUUUCUGUUUUAUUAUAGACUAGGGAUUUUGCAGUUGAGUUUCUUUUGUCUAUCUUUUUUGAAGUAUAUAUAUAUUCCAGUGUACUUGUUUUCCAUUGUCCUCUGGUUUUCCAUGUAUUUGGAUCCAGAUCCUACUAGGUGUCUUGUCAAUGACUGUAGUACUGUAGCGGCGGGAUAUUGAAGAUGGUGUUUUAUGACCUCUUGUGUGCAAUAUGAGUCUGGUGUCGUGCAAGUUUCGCUGUACUGAAGAAAAGCGACGGCACUCAACAGUUCUCCAGUUUUAUUUCAUUGUUUAAUGCUCAUUUGUCUAACGCUUGUCUUGUUCGCCGCAUUUAAUCUUUUAAAAGCACUUUAAAAUAUUACCAUCUCAUUUGAAAAACGCACUUGGAGAAAACUUGCAUCUCAAACAUCAAAUUUCUCACUGAAUCCUGUAAUUAUUGUUAUUGAGGAGCUACAGCCGGAGGUCAUGUGAUUUGAAGACUGUAUCAUUGUUUUUUUGUAUUUUAUUUUGCCUUGAAUCUGCAUUUUUAACAUUUGCCGGGGAAAACAGUUGCUCUGUUUAAAUGACUCUAAAGGAAAGAUGUAAUUGUGCUCAGAUAAUGUGUACAGUUGGCUCUUCAGAGUGUAGAUUGAAUUGCUGUGUAUAUUUCCUUUAGUUGCUUACUGUAGGCAAGUUUUCACCCUUGACAUGAAACGCAAAUAAAGUAUAAGGUAAAACACA